AUGGUGAUCGUGGUAGUAACAGACUAUGUCGGUCAGGAUUCUCCAGAAGAACAGCCGGUAGUGUCUAGCAUUGAGCUUUCUGGGCAUGGCUCUAGGGACGCCGACCUUGCCCUUCUUAGCUGCCCGUUCUGCUCCUGCUCCUUCAGAGCAGGGUACCUGGAUGAGGAGCAGAUGGAGGUGCUGCUGGAGCGCGCUCAAACAGAAGUCUUUUCCAUCAAACAGAAGCUGGACAAUGACUUAAAACAGGAGAAGAAGAAGCUGCACCAAAAAUUAAUCCUGAAGAGAAGACGAGAGAUGCUGCAAAAGCACAAGGAGCAGCGGAAGGAGCAGCUGUCCCUCGGGGAGGCCCUGCGAGCUGCCGAGGACGCCAGCCAGUACCUGGGCCGGUGGGGGAGCCUGCUGGCGGAGCACAGCGCCGUGCUGGAGGAGCUGCAGGAGCGUCUGGACCAGGCCGCCCUGGAGGAGCUCAGGGCCCUGAUGCUGUCGCUGUCCGAGAAGGCCACCGAGGAGCUGCGGCGCCUGCAGAACUCGGGGAUGACCCAGGAGCUGCUCAAGCGCAGCGUGCCCUGGCUCUUCCUGCAGCAGAUCCUGGAAGAACACAGCCGGGGGCUGGCUGCCAGGGCCCAGCAGCUCGAGGGUGAGGAGAGGGACAGGGACCAGGAGGGCGUCCAGAGCGUGAGGCAGAGACUGAAGGACGACGCUCUGGAGGCCUCAACGGAGGAGCAGGUGGAGCUGAGACGCUGGGAGCACCUGAUCUUCAUAGCCCUGGCCUAUCUGGAGCUCCAAGAGCUGGAGAGGAAGCUAGAAGACAAGCUGGCACAUCAGGAGGCAGUCCAGCUACAGCGGGCUCUGGCGAGUCGGCAGCAGUGGGCUGGGGACGAGCCCGGGCUUCUGGCAGAGCCUGAGGAUGCAGAUUCUGGAAGGCACGUCUCUGCUGUCCUGCAGCAGGCCCUGAGCCAGGGCCGGAAAUUACUGGAGCGCCACCAGCAGAGUUGGAAAGAGGAGCGAGACCACAGCGUCGUGCUGGAGGACUGGCUGGAGAAUGUGGAGUUCGACACCUUUGCAACCCUGUACAGCCAGGAGCUGAGACUGGCGUCGUACCUGUCCAGGCUGGCCAUGGUGCCAGGCAGCACGCUGCGCCGGCUCCUGAGCGUGGCUCUGCCCGCGGCCUCGCAGUCUGAGCUCCUGGCCGCGCUGGACCCGGGCAGCCAGAAGCAUCCGGACCACAUGGUAGAGACUGAUGGUGGCGGGGAGCAGGCCGACCUGGGCAGGAGGAGGAAGCACCAGGGCUGGUGGCAAGCCCUGGAAGGCCGACUGCGAGGAGAACUGAUAAGCAGAGGACUGGAGAAGAUGCUCUGGGCCCGAGAAAGGAAGGAGAGUAUAUUAAAGAAGACAUGUCCCCCUCUCAGAGAGAGGGUGGUAUUGCCUGGAAAAGGAAGCUGGCCGCAUCUGUCCCUGGAGUCCAUCGGAGAACUGGCUGCCGUGCCCAUUGUAGGGGCAGAGACCAUUGAUUUAUUAAACACAGGCGAGAAGCUCUUUAUAUUCAGAAAUCCAAAGGAACCAGAGAUCUCAUUGCAUAUUCCGCCCAGGAGAAAGAAGAAGAACUUUCUAAAUGCCAAAAAGGCCACUUGGGCCUUGGGCAUGGACUAGUCCUAAGGAAAGCUCCAGGGAGUCUGAAGACAGAGUUUUCUUUUUCCUCUGCCCGUGUGUGUGUGUGUGUGUGUGUGUGUGUUCAUAGUGUACAACUCACAGAUGUAAGUCACACAUGCAGAAGACCAGACACCCCCCCAACACCCACGACCUUCAAGGACUCAGUUUAAUCUGGUCUUAUGAUUUUCCAGAGGGUCUACCCUCCUCAGCAUCACGAGGGACAGCCUUGAACCCUUGUUGCCUUCAGUCUCACCUCUCUGCGCAUCUGGGGGAGACCCUAGCCCUCAGUUCAUACCCCUGUAAUGUCUGGCUGCAUAUGGGCUGUGUGUCCAAGUGAAGCUCUUUGUUCCUGCGUUUUGUGUUUGUUACAUAUUCUAUUUUUAUCAAGGGAACUUUCAAAAAUAAAUGCAUUUUACAUAAAGCUCUUCUCGGUGGCGCUCGGUUUUGCUUUAUGUAGGAAUCCUUUAUUUUUAGUUACUUCUUGUGUUUUGGCUACACGUUGUUGUGUUCCACAGAGACUUGCCCUCUAUCAUUCCAGGGGCCAGAAAAUGUGCCAGCCACUGGGGCAUAUGAUCUCCAACUCAAAUUAGAGUUACUUCCCCCUUUCAUAAAUGAGGAAAUCCAAAGGCUUAAGAUGAGGUGAUGUGUGCAAAAUCACAAAACCAGUAAGUAGCAG